AAAAGAUUGCCGCCCCUUCCCAGCGAGAAAAAAAGAGCGGCGUGGCACUGCUACCUCAUCUAUCCUCCGCUUCGUACAAUGCAAGGACAUGCCCGGUGAGCUGUCUUGUACGUGUUGCUGGCCAAAUCCCCGCAAGCACCGAUGACCAGUCCGGGGAUUAAGCGCUGGCACUCCAGUGCUCAAUUGCACCGUAGAACUUCUGAUCGUCGGUCCAAGUUCCGGGAUAGAUUGUCGGCCAUGCCACAGUCGCGGUCAAAAUGCUGCACAUCCUAUACCCUGGCCGGACAGGCGCACCCGGCCAUGACCCAGGCGGAAUUUCAUAAUCUGCCACCAUCUGUACAAAGGAAAUAUUUCUCUACGCUUGAGCGUCUUCAGAUCCUCCACUGCUCUUCCACGCUCUCCUCUGAAAUCCCGUCCACGUCCGGCAGCCCGCCGCGUGCUUCUGGCACGGUGCGAAGACCGACCACGUCCACCUCGUUUGGAUCCUCGAUACGGCGAGCAAAGAAUCGACGCUGUCUUCUUCCGAACCAGACUGGCUCCACGGUCGAAACGCAUUUCUACUUAUCGCUGCCCGAGAAGAUCCGACGCCAGCAAUUCUCGAACGAGGAACGGCUCCGAAUCCAGAGCAAGCUUGAAACAGGAGGAUCCCUGACAAUACCAAGAUCUUCACGAGGCUCGCCCAGGCCUUCCACAACCUCAUCUGCGCAGUGGUCACGGCGACAAUCAAACUCAGCCUUGCGCAAGGCUUCGGAUGUACCUUCGACAGACCUUCUACGACCCACAACGGAGCCAAUGAAUUGCUUUGAUGAUUCCAAACCCACGCGGGCGGCCUGUAGGCGUGCAAGGAAACCAUCCCUGCAGAGAGACGCCUCUGUACACCGCCCGAGCAGCUCCCUGCUUUCUCCCAAGUCGCAAUACUCAGGUCCAACCCUAUGUUCGCCCUCGUCACCUUCUUUUCCUUCGCAUCACAAGCGCAACAUGAGUUCGCGCACUACCACCAUGGUCCGUCCCAGCAUAGACUCGACCUUCUCUGUCGACGCUGCCGCUGCCUACUACCAAGAUCCUGAGGCACGCAUGAAGGUGCGGAAAUAUCUUGUGUCACCACAGAAAUUCGACGAGGCCGUCGCUUUUGGUUUCCCCAGCAUGCCGAAUCGGACGUCGACUUGUGAAAGGGAUGGGCAGAGGACAUCAAGGCCGAUGACAUGUGGACACGACGCAUACAGCUUUUGGAAAGACGACGUGCCGCCUUGUUCGGACGGACGACACUCUAGGGAAUCCACGGAUGGAGACACAGCCUCGUACAACGACUCACCUGUAACUCCCGCGAGCGGCGACGCCUAUAUGCCCAGAGUUAAACCGUACGGGUCCUCGAUCUUCGCCGGGCUCGAUAAUUCCGAUCUGCCCUCCCUGAAGUUGCGUUUCGACGGCAUGUCAGACAUCGCAGAGAGGGACUAUGACCGGGACUCGUCCACGUUUGACCCCUUGGCGAAUAGGGAGAUGACGCUUCGCAUGACCCUGACGCGACCAGAUUUGCGCGCUACGGACGAAGAGCUGUAUGGGUGGGUCCCGAAGGAGCAGACGGACCCAUUGGCCCUGGAGACAUUGCAUCUCAGCGACGACAUGACCGGACAGAACGGCGCGUUCGCUGUGAAGCCCAAUUCGGCUCGCAGCCGACGCUCCGGCGUCUUCAAGAAACUGCUCGACAAAGUCAAGUCACGGUAGCCAUGCCGCAACGCAAUGGCUAGCUUUGACGUAUAUCAUCUUGCUGCAAUUUUUAGCGGGCGUUGGGCGGAGGGCAUGGCCAGACCUUUUUUUUCGCAGCUGCAAAAAGGCAAAACUCUACGACGGUGCUCAUUCUUAAAAAGAGAAUCUUCUUUUUUCCCACUCAGCGUUUGGAAAACCGACAUGAACAGUCUGUUCGACGUUUUUAUGUUGAUUUUGGACUGUGUUUUUCUUUUGCGGAUUCAGGAACAUUUUUGAAAGACUGUGCCUUCGGAGUCUUUAGCGACACAUCGUACUGAUUAUAUUGAGGGGGACACCAGCAAAGCAUUCGUGCUUGUGUAACCAGAGAGAUACCACCACUUGUUGUUGUUUUUGACAUGCGAAUUAUAUUGUACUACUGCAGAGGUUUCUGCGCGCCAUCUUGGCAUCAUAUGCGCCAAUUUCAUCUCCCUCUCUGGAAAACCGAGUUCGAUGCGUUUUUUGUGCAUGACCAACGGCGAUUUCUCAUGUUGUGCAUGCUAACCUUCCCAAUGCAGCC